CUCUCCUUCAGUGAGGACCCACUGGAUUUGUGGCUGCUGGGCUUUGGAGCACCAGGAGUUACUUCUAAUCUGGAUAUCUACAGAACUUCUAGACUGAGACCAUUCAUAGUAGCCUUAGCCUCACUCUAUUACCCAUGCUGGAUGGACUGCAGUGGUGAGAUCUGGGCUCACUGCAACCUCCGCCUCCUGGGUUCAAGCUAUUCUCCUGCCUCAGACCCCCAAAUAGCUGGGACUACAGAAACAUGGAUUCAGACGCCCUGCGAGUCUUCCAGAAUGAGCUCAUUUGCUGCAUUUGCAUGAGCUACUUCAUAGACCCGGUCACCAUUGACUGUGGGCACAGCUUUUGCAGGCCCUGCCUCUGCCUCUGCUCAGAAGAAGGCAGAGCACCAAUUCACUGCCCUUUGUGCAGACAAAUCUCAGAGAAGCCCAACUUCAACACCAAUGUGGCACUCAAAAAGCUGGCUUCCCUAGCCAGACAGACCAGACCUCAGAACAUCAACAGCUCACACAAUAUCUGUGUGCUCCAUGAGGAGACUAAGGAGCUCUUCUGUGAGGCUGAAAAGAGAUUGCUCUGUGAGCCCUGCUCUGAGUCACCAGAGCACAUGGCUCACAGCCACAGCCCAAUAGGAUGGGCUGCUGAGGAAUGUAGGGAGAAACUUAUAAAGGAAAUGGACUAUUUAUGGAAAAUCAAUCAAGAGACACGAAACAAUCUAAAUCAGGAAACUAGCAAAUUUCAUUCAUUAGAGAACUAUGUGUCAUUAAGGAAGAUGAUAAUCCGUAUUCAAUAUCAAAAGAUGCGUAUAUUUCUCGAAGAGGAGGAACAACUGCAUCUGCAGGCACUGGAAAGAGAAGCAAAAGAGCUUUUCCAACAACUACAAGACAGUCAAGUGAGAAUGACCCAACAUUUGGAAGGGAUGAAAGACAUGUACAGAGAGCUGUGGAAGACAUGCCGCAUGCCUGAUGUGGAGCUGCUCCAGGAUGUGGGAAAUGCAUCAGCAAGGACUGAUUUGGCACAGAUGCAAAAGCCCCAGCCAGUGAACCCAGAGCUCACUUCAUGGCGCAUAACUGGAGUCCUAGACAUGCUCAACAACUUCAGAGUGGAUAAUGCUCUGAGCACGGAAAUGAUUCCUUGCUAUAUAAGCCUUGCUGAGGAUGUGAGAUAUGUGAUAUUUGGAGAUGACCAUCUCAGCGCUCCCGUGGAUCCCCAGGGAGUGGAGAGCUUUGCUGUGUGGGGAGUGCAAGCAUUCACCUCCGGCAGGCAUUACUGGGAGGUGGAUGUAACCCUCUCCUCCAACUGGAUUCUGGGAGUCUGUAGAGAUUUCAGGACUGCAGAUGCCAAUAUCAUCAUUGAUUCUGACGAAACCUUUUUUUUAAUAUCCUCAAAAAGGAGCAAUCACUGUAGUCUCUCCACCAACUCUCCACCUUUAAUUCAGUAUGUGCAAAGGCCUCUGGGUCGGGUUGGGGUGUUUCUGGAUUAUGAUAAUGGAUCUGUGAGUUUUUAUGAUGUUUCUAAAAGUUCUCUUAUCUAUGGUUUUCCACCUUCGUCCUUCUUUUCCCCUCUGAGGCCUUUCUUUUGCUUUGGUUGUACAUGAAAAGUUGGCUUCAUGAUGAUUUAUUGUGACCUCCCAUAUAUGAGGCAAAUAGUGUCCUAAGACCCUAUGUGUGAGAGCCUGUGAGCUCAUUGUAACUUCAUGGAAUGUAAUUACUUUAUGGUUAUAAAUGGGAUAACCACCUUGAAUGUGUACAUUUGUUAAUUCAGUUAUUUUAAUUAAUAAACUAUUGUGGAAUCUU